AUGGAUUUUCGAUUGCUUUCGUACAUCCUGAUCAAGUCUUCUUCCGCAGUCGCUGUUUUCUUUAACGUUUCGUUGCUGUACAUAACUUAUAAAAGCCGGAAGAUCACCACCUUGAAGGAGUUUAAUCAGAUCAUCAACAUUAAUGUCUGCUUGGAUCUCUUUUUGGUCUUGAAUAUGACAUUCAAUGAUAUUGUAAGUCAAAGUAUUUGAGCUCAAUUUGUUUGGCUUUGAAUUUGUGUGACAAAAUUUGGAAAUUUGUAAUCGCGUUAUGUGGAAAUCACCAAAAUUUUAAAACGUAAAUUUUAAAAAACCCCAUUUUUAGAAGGUCCAUCUGUAUUAUCUUUAUUCAAAAUUUAAGAAAAAAAGACUUUAAAAAUUGAAUAUUCAAAUUUUAUGCUAAUUUUUCCAAAAUUUUUUUUAUCUAUUAAUUUUUUGACUUCGUUUAUGUCUUUGAAUUAUGCUACACGAAUAUUCAAAAAUUAGAACAUUCAAAUUUUAAAAAAUUAGAAAAUUUCAAUAUUCAAAUUUUAAAAAAUUUCAAAAAUUUGAAAAUUGGAUUUUCUACACCCUAUGAUUAUGCAUAUUAAAAAUUUUCAGGAAAUCGCGAUCUCCGAUGGCCUGUUCUUUGUCUUUUCCAACGCGAAUAUUUGGCCCUUCCCCACUUGGCUCAAGUCCUUUAUCACCUGGAAUUUCCACUGCUGUUGUGGUCUCAGCGGUAUUUUUGGAAUUGUCCCUUUAUAUUACAGAUAUCAAACAUUUGUAAAGUAAGUAGUUUUUUAAUUUGCAAAGCAUUUGCGUGCAGAGGUGAACCCAUAAAACUGUACAAAAUGAUUCCGUGGAUCUUAAUCCCGAUUUGGAAUACGAGUUGGGCGCUGAUGACGGUCUAUCAAUUCCAACCCCGCAGACUCGACUAUGUGAAUGUUUUGGAUCCGAAAGUGUGGCCGGAUGCCAAGAAGAAGUUCUUUAUUGUGUCCGAUGCGGUAAGAGGGGACUUUUUAAAAAAAAUUUAGACGACACAAUGAGGAAAAUACUAUAUAACUACUGUAGCUUUAAGAUAUUUGCACAAAAUUUUACAUGGAUUAUGACUACAAAAUAAUUUUACACUUAGGAGGAUUUUAUCUUGCAUUAAGAAAAGGUUGACAAAAUAUGAGCGUUCUAAAAUCAAAAAGCAUAUUUAACAGCCUUUUUUAUUAUUUUUGCCAUUUUCACAACAAAAUUGACCUACUAAUUCAAAAUUUCAGGAAGGAGUAUUCGGUAAUAUUUACGGAGCAUCCUGUCUGAUCACAUUUUCUGGCGCUUUUAUGUUCAGUGGAUAUAUGAUCACGAGAGUUCAGGCAAGAAUGAGAGGGAACUCGAACGUCUCCGGGAAAACAAAAAAGAUGCAAGCCAGUUUCAAUCGGAUUGUCAUCAGUCAGGUGAGCUCAUGAUCAAGGAAUAUAAUAGUCUUUACCUUCACUACUCUUGAACAAAAAGAUUUAUUUGUUGGCUCACUGUUUGUCGCUCUGUUUCAAGAGUUUUUUGCUGUAAUUUAAACUUGUGCCGAAUAUGGCGUAUUUCUAUCGACAACUACAAAACAAAAGUUACAGUAAUUUUUUUCAAAAUUAUUUUAAAAAGCGUGGUUAAAAUUUUGUCCAAUAUACAAAAAUAAUUUUUGACGGAUACAUUUUGCAAUUUAAUGGUUAAAACAGUAUUUUGUAGUCGUAAAAAAACAGCAUCCCUUUUCAAUGUUGUAAUUUAUAAUAUUUUCAGCUCUUGCUUGCCGUUCUCCUCGGGAUCACCCCGGUUAUGGGAGUUGUAACCGAAAUGCAACUUAAACUCAAAAAUUCGAACGUCCACUUUGUCAUGCACACGUUCAUGUCGUUUCUGCCGGUUGCCAAUUCCCUCUCAACACUCUGCUUCUUCAAACAUUAUCGACGACAUUUCAUUAUGUUAUUGACCUGCGGAAGGAUUGACAUCAGUGGCGGAAGCAGUAGGAUUGAUGCAACUGAUUUCUCCAAGUCAAAGAUUGGCAGUCAAGUGAGCAUAGCUUGAGAUUUUCUGUGGAAGUCAAGGAUAUUUAUUGGGAUAACGAAUUGCAUACCUGAUAUUCGAAAUGAAACGAAUAAAUUUUUAAUAUUUAAAUUUGUAGUUAUAUACGUUAUAUGUACACUUUCUAUGGCUCAUGAGAAAUAUAUUUGAAAUAAAAAAUAAAAAAUUUAAAUAAAUUUGUUUAAUUUUUUAUAUUCAAAUUUUCUAAAAUACUCAAUAUGCAAAAAUUUUCCCAUAAAAAGAUUUGAUCGCACUUUGCAGAAAUAACAGAAUAUGGCAGUUUUUAAUUUAAAAAAUUUCAAAAAAAAAUAAUCUCUGAAACGCAGAGAAAAAAUCUCUUCCCAAAAUCAAUUUCGAAGUGUCUUGAUCCCAAUUUCAAACUGAUCCAUCCAACAUUUGACCCUUUAUCAGACGGAAAUGACAUCCGCUGACCGUGAACCCACUUUUUUCCUUCGGGAUGCGGUCGAAUGAAGGUCAUCAUCGUCCACCGUCCCUUCGGGAAAUCUGUCAUUCUUUUUUUGUGUGAAUUUUUUUCAGUAGAUUACCAGUUGUUGGUUUCGGAAAGAAGUUAGUAUUAGGAAGAAAAUUUUUAUAUUAUAUUUAUUAUUUUUAUUUGCAUUACAAGCCCCGCUGACGCGGGCCUUGACGCCGCUGUGCGCGCAAAGGUUGCCCAACGUGAAGUUGACUUGAUCGCAUGCACUACAGUUGAUCGUCCAGGCCACGCUUCGCGUGGCCAACAACGCGCUGACGCGCGUUAUACUGCCUCAAGCCCGGCACUUCUGUUAGCUAAGGGCCGCGCGCCAGCGCUACCUUUUUUUAACUUUGACCAAUCAACUGUUCUUAGGACUUUGCCUCGGCCUUCGGCCUCGGCACAGUGCGCUACAACACUCUACAGCAACAUUCAGAAGGUUCCGUAACCCACGGCGGCCUUCGGCCGCCGAAGCUUCCAAAAAAAGUCAGUUUGGCUCGGCCUUCGGCCUCGCAAAAUCAUUUUUUUUUGUCUUACUCCAUCGUUAUUGAACUUUGCCUCGGCCUUCGGCCUCGGCACAGUGCGCUGCAACACUCUACAACAAUAUGCAGUAGGUUCCGUGACCGACGGCGGCCUUCGGCCGCCGAAGCUUCCAAAAAAAAGUCAGUUUGGCUCGGCCUUCGGCCUCGCCGAGUCGUAUUUUAG